AUGGGGAGUUACUGUUUAACAAAUAUGAAGUUUCAGUUUGGGAAAAUGAAAAAAAUUGCAGCAAUGGAUCGCGGUGGAAACGGCGCGUCCGCGCGGGGGCUGCAGCUCGCUCCGCUCCAGCCACUGCGGCCCCUCAACUUCCCCAGCGCCAGGAAGAGGCGGCCCCGCCCGCUCGCCCCUCCAGGGCGCAGGCCGGGGGCCCCGCAAGAGAAACCGGUCGGGCGCCGCACCGCAGCCCUUCAGAAGCCCGAUUCAGGGCGGCGUCGCGGAGAAGACCGUGGCCGGCCCGCCCACAAGAGGAGCCCCUCAGCCCGGGUGCGGAGCCCGCGUCCGCCUGAAGAGUUACCUGCGGCGAGUGGGCGAGCGCAGGAAGAAUUCCCGAGGCCCGAAGCCGACGGCCGCCGCUUUGUCUCCCUCCAGUCCGGCUCCGAAGAGGAAAUGGGCAGCGCGGCGCCCCCGCCCCCCGCCCGCGGCCCCGGCCCCGCCCGCCCUUCCCGGCACCUCCCUCCGGCGCGCUCUUCCCGGCGCCUCCCGCCGUCGCCCCGCUUUCCAGGCCCUCGCUUUGGGGGUGAGGUCCCGACGGAGAGACGUGGGCGACGCCGAGGCGGGACCCCCAGGAGGACCUCUUGCUCUCCGCCCUUUACCCCUGAGUUACUUCAUCCCAAGGCCCCAGUGGGCUUUCGGGCCGGGAGUGACACCCAUCCCCGCUCCGAGAAAUGCUGAUGCUGAUGAUGCUGAAGAUGAUGGCAAUUUUUGAUAAUGAUGACGAUGAAGAUGCUAUCCUUGAAGACAAGGACCAGGAGGGAGCCCUUCUCUCAGAAUGGAGCCAGAGCCAGCACCACGGACAAAGGGCUGAUCAGGAUGCAGCACUGCCUAGCAUGUGAUCUGAACUGGAGUUAGGCCACCUGUGACCUCCUCAGGGCUCCAUUAUAAUUGUUUGUGUGGCCUCACCAAGUGUCAAUUUCCUCACCUCUAAAUGGAAAGAUUACUUGACUCUCAUGGUU